UGUAAAAGCAGUGCGAUCAUGGCGGAGCGCGUUCAGCAGCCCCCAGCUAAACGGCUCUGCUGCCGACCCGGCUAUAACCCGACGUGCAGACAGGGACAGCGGGCUGGAGGAACAGCAUGUGGUGGUCCGGGUACUGCCCAGGGGGGAUCGGGCAAAACCCAGAGUCCGGAGUCGCUGCUGGACAUCGCAGCAAGGAAAGUAGCGGAGAAGUGGCCGUUUCAGAGGGUGGAGGAACGUUUCGAAAGGAUCCCGGAGCCCGUCCAAAGGAGGAUCGUCUACUGGUCUUUCCCCAGGAGCGAACGGGAGAUCUGCAUGUAUUCUUCCUUCAACACAGGCGGAGAAGAGAGUGGGGCUGCCGGGGAGAACAGUGACGAGACUCGCCUGCCUUUCCGACGGGGCAUCGCUUUACUGGAGAGCGGCUGCGUAGACAACGUACUGCAAGUCGGAUUUCACCUCAGCGGCACCGUGACGGAGCCCGCCACGCCGUCGGAGCCCGAGAUCGUCUGCAACGUCGCCAUCAGCUUCGACCGCUGCAAGAUCACCUCCGUCACCUGCGGCUGCGGCAACAAGGACAUCUUUUACUGCGCCCACGUGGUGGCGCUCUCCCUGUACCGCAUCCGCAAGCCGGACCAGGUCAAGCUGCACCUCCCCAUUUCAGAGACCCUCUUUCAGAUGAACAGAGACCAAUUGCAGAAAUUUGUACAGUAUUUAAUCACAGUGCACCACACAGAGGUCUUGCCCACUGCCCAGAAACUGGCCGACGAGAUCCUCUCCCAGAAUUCGGAGAUCAAUCAAGUGCACGGGGCCCCGGACCCCACAGCCGGAGCCAGCAUAGAUGAUGAGAACUGUUGGCACCUGGACGAGGAGCAGGUCCAGGAGCAGGUGAAGCUCUUCCUGUCGCAAGGCGGCUACCACGGAUCCGGAAAGCAGCUCAACCUCCUCUUCGCCAAGGUCCGGGAAAUGCUGAAGAUGCGGGACUCGAACGGGGCGCGCAUGCUGACGCUGAUCACAGAGCAGUUCAUGGCCGACCCCCGACUCUCCCUGUGGAGGCAGCAGGGCACCACCAUGACCGACAAGUACAGGCAGCUUUGGGACGAGCUAGGUGCCUUGUGGAUGUGCAUAGUCUUAAACCCUCACUGCAAGGCAGAGCAGAAGGCCGCAUGGCUGAGGCAGCUCAAGAAGUGGAACAGUGUGGACGUGUGUCCCUGGGAGGACGGUAACCACGGAAACGAGCUGCCCAAUUUAACCAACGCCUUGCCUCAGGGCGCGCACGCUAACCAAGAUUUGGCCAACAGGCCCCACCGGACUGUCUUCACACGAGCCAUCGAAGCAUGCGAUCUCCACUGGCAGGACAGCCACUUGCAGCACAUUAUCAGCAACGACCUCUACACCAACUACUGUUACCAUGACAACACUGAAAAUUCGCUCUUUGACUCCCGCGGAUGGCCCCUGUGGCACGAGCACGUCCCCACGGCCUGCGCGAGGGUGGACGCGCUGAGAUCGCACGGCUACCCCAGGGAGGCGCUGCGGCUGGCCAUCUCCAUCGUCAACACCCUGCGGAGGCAGCAGCAGAAGCAGCUGGAGCACUUCCGGGCCCACAAGAAAGAGCUGCUUCAAAAAGGCGUCACGUCAAUCACCAACCUGGAGGGGUGGGUGGGGCACCCCCUGGACCCCAUCGGCACACUGUUCAGCACCCUGACAGAGACCGGCCGGGGUGAUGACGAUGGCUCACCCGGCUUCCUGGACUUCUCAGAUGCCAUGGGCCCAGCCAAGUGCUCGGAUUUCCAGCUGUUCCCGGUGCAGCGGUUCCUGGAGGAGGGCGAGUCGUACCUGGCGCUGGCGGUGGAGAUGGCUCUGGUGGGCCUGGGGCAGCAGAGAAUCAUGCCAGACGGGCUGUACGCCCAGGAGAAGGUCUGCCGCAACGAGGAGCAGCUCAUCGCCAAGCUCCUGGAGGUGGACCUCAAUGACACUCUGGUCAAGAUAUUCCGCAAGCAAGCAGUCUUCCUGUUAGAAGGUGGGCCAUACAGUGGUCUGGGGGAACUCAUUUACAGAGAGAGCGUUCCAAUGCACACCUUCGCCAAGUAUCUCUUCACCUCCCUCCUACCUCACGAUGCUGAACUGGCAUACAAAAUUGCACUGAGAGCAAUGCGGUUACCAGUGUUGGAAUCCACGGCUCCCACGGGCGACAUGUCCCGCCCUCACCACAUAGUAUCUGUCGUUCCCAACCGUUACCCGCGCUGGUUCACCCUCAGCCACAUCGAGUCGCAGCAGUGCGAGCUGGCCUCCACCAUGCUCACGGCCGCCAAAGGUGAUGGUCGGAGGCUAGAAACAGUAUUAGAGUCCAUCCAAAAAAACAUUCACUCCUCCUCCCACAUCUUCAAGCUGGCCCAAGAUGCCUUCAAGAUCGCCACACUCAUGGACAGCUUGCCUGACAUCACUCUACUAAAAGUCUCUCUGGAGCUGGGACUCCAGGUUAUGAGAAUGACUCUGUCAACGUUAAACUGGCGACGGCGUGAGAUGGUACGAUGGUUAGUCACUUGUGCCACAGAAGUAGGUGUGUUCGCGUUGGACAGCAUCAUGCAGAGCUGGUUCACCCUCUUCACGCCCACGGAGGCCACCAGCAUCGUGGCCACGACGGUGAUGUCCAACAGCACCAUCGUGCGCCUGCACCUGGACUGCCACCAGCAGGAGAACCUGGCCAGCAGCGCGCGCACGCUGGCCCUCCAGUGCGCCAUGAAGGACCCGCAGAACUGCGCCCUGUCCGCCCUCACCCUCUGCGAGAAGGACCACAUCGCCUUCGAGACGGCCUACCAGAUCGUGCUGGACGCCGCCACCACCGGCAUGAGCUACACGCAGCUCUUCACCAUCGCCCGCUACAUGGAGCACCGCGGCUACCCGAUGCGGGCGUACAAGCUGGCCACCCUGGCCAUGACUCACCUUAACCUGAGCUACAACCAGGACACGCACCCGGCCAUCAAUGACGUGCUGUGGGCGUGCGCCCUCAGCCACUCGCUGGGCAAGAACGAACUGGCGGCCAUCAUCCCCCUGGUGGUCAAGAGCGUGAAGUGCGCCACUGUGCUGUCUGACAUUUUGCGGCGGUGCACGCUAACCACUCCGGGCAUGGUGGCCUUGCACGGCCGGAGGAACUCUGGGAAACUGAUGUCACUGGACAAAGCCCCACUAAGACAGCUCUUGGACGCUACGAUUGGGGCGUACAUCAACACCACGCACUCUAGGCUAACCCACAUCAGCCCGCGGCACUAUAGUGAAUUCAUUGAGUUCUUGGGCAAGGCAAGAGAGACCUUCCUCAUGGCUCACGAUGGACACAUCCAGUUCAGACAGUUCAUCGACAACCUGAAACAAAUAUACAAAGGCAAAAAGAAACUGAUGAUGCUGGUCCGAGAGAGGUUCGGUUAACAGAGUUCUUGGUCUCUCUUUUUACUUGAGCCUGCCUUUGUACCCUUUUUAAAUUAAAAUGGCAAAAAAGGAUGAAAAAAAACAUAAAAUAAAACAAACAAAAAACAAUAACAGAGCCACACCGGUAUUAUGUGUAUAGAACUAUUUAGUUCGCAAAAAAAGAGAAAAUUGUCAUGUUGUGAAAGUUUGUGUGUUUUCUUUUAUUUGUAUGAGAGAGAGAGAGGUAAAAGAGAAAAACAAAAAUGUUUUGGUUUACACUGAGUAUAUGUUGUCCAGUGGCAAAAGCCCACAUAGCUCUCCUGUUAUUUCUGUAAACAUUCACAGCCUCAAAGAUAAGAAAUAUGGCUUUAAACCAAACAGAACACCUCCAUUCUAAGUGACAAGUACCUCGUACGGAUCCAGCUUUACUCCUUUGUAAUCCAUUCUCGCAUUUCAGUGUAGUACAAGUGCAAGUGCAAAAGAACACAAAUGAUAAUCCAGUUUUACUUUAUUAAACAAGUAAAGAAAAUAAAAAACAAUAAAAAAAAAGCAAAAGAAGAUCUCCAACUCCAGGCUGACCACGUGGCUUCGCAGUGCAGUUCGUCAAGAAGCAUGUCACACAGUGCUUGCGCGUGUGGAAACUUAGCAACUGUCAACAUACAUUCUCAGGGAUUUCUCAAAAAAAAAAAGAAAACGAAAAAAGAAAGAAUGAGAGCAUUUAUUGUACUGUAUAUAUGAUAGUAUAUGUCUGAAUAUUGAAAAAAAGUAUACGUUAACUAAUUUAUAAAGAAUAUUCUAUGUAAUGCAAAAUACUUGAAGCUGCAGUAGCUUGGUUUUAAACAAAACAUAUCAGAAGGACUAAAGUGCGCCUUGCUUCAGGGGCUGGCUCAGGUGGUGAAUUUAUAUGCUGGGCAUCUAUGCAGAGCCACCUAUUCAAUUGCAUGAUUGGACUGGUAUAUAUUUAAACGAAAUAAAUGGGUAUAUUUUGUAUCCGCGUACAAAAUAUAUUUCUGUUGUACACACACUUGUAAAGGGCACCAUAGAUUAAGAGGGACGACAUAGACGAACCAGAGCAGCGAGCCUUAGCAUUAAGAUUACAGAAUGCAAGACUGUAGGCCCCGUGACUCCAAGCCUAGAAAUGUAGAUCCAACGGAACAGGCUGAACCGAGUCGAGUUUUACUAAUCAACAUUAAACCCGAAACUACAGAGUAAAAUUGGCCUGACCACAUCCAUGUCUCUUUCCCACAGUGAACAAAAGUCUUUGAAAGCUCCAUUUAUGCACAAUAACAAAUGCACACCAAUUCUGCAGACAUCUUGACUUUGUGCAGGACAGAAAGUUGCUGUGUAGGUCUGACUGUUCUAAUUUUUUUUUACGCUUUUUCCUUCUCUUUUUUUUAUUUUGUUUUUCUCUAGAAUUCCUCAAACAAGAACAGCCUUCUUUCUUGCCUUGUCUUAACGCUUUAAAAUAACCAAACUGGAGUUCUAACAACCAAACUUGUUCAUUAAAUGAAAGCCAACCAACUUUGGUUACAACUUAGUGUCUUUAAUUUUAGCUGAAUGGUUCUGUAUCUUGUGCUUUAAAAAGCAGUUUUCUUAUGUUUUUUGGUGCAAAACGUUGUCUAGUGUCUCUUGUUCCCUUCCUUAGAGGUAUGUUUGUAGCUCUUUUUGUUUAGAAACAGAAAUAUCAUGUUCUCCAUUUUAUUUAUUAUAAUAGGUAAACGAUUGUACUU